AAUAAUAGUAAUAUUAUUGUGCACAUAACUAUGAAUGCCUUUGCUGCUCGUCAAUACUGCAGACAGAAUUUCACAGACCUGGCCAGCGUCAGGAACCAAUUAGAGAAUCAACAGAUUUUUAAUCUAGCAGGAGGAGAAGCAAUUUGGAUUGGACUUUACAGAACUAGACUGUGGUCAGAUCAAAGCAACUCCAUUUAUGAGAACUGGAAGUCUGGAGAACCAAAUAAUAUGAAUGGAAAUGAACACUGCACUACAGUUUGGUUUUAUUACUCUGGCAUGUGGAACGAUUCUCCUUGUAAUUAUGCAUACCCCUUUGUCUGCUACAGAGUUACAUCAACUACAAUCGCUAGCACAGAUACACCAACCACUAGUACCACCUCAGGUACUCCAGCUACAACUACCAACUCAGAUACAACAACCACAACUAGACAACUAACUACCACCUCAGAUACACCAACUAAUAGUACCACCUCAGUGAUGACAAGCACAGCUUCUGUUCCAGUUGCACCUACCACAACUACACAACUAACAACCAAGUCAGUUACACCUAAUGCAACUACCAUCUCAGUUACGCCUAACACAACUACCAACUCAGUGACGACAAGCACAGCCUUUGUUCCAGUGGCUGUGAUGAGAAGUCGGGUCAAAAUCACCUCAGCUAGAAAUCUAACGCAGUCUGAGAUUGAAAACUUCAUACUGAAUAAUCUUCACCAGGCUUUGAUCAACAGAAACCUGUCCAACACUAUCAGUGUGCGUGUGACACGUGUCAUGAAAAUCACCUAAAAGAUGAUUUGUAACACAUGAUAUCCAACAGUGCCGUGGAUUGAUGACAGAAAUUAAACAAAGCUGUAUAUAGUAAAUAUUUAAUGAUUCAAUACAAGGGAAUUUAUAAGAAGCCCACAUGAAUUAAUUUGUUAUUAGUAUAUGUUUAGCAAAAUAAAAUGUAUAUAUUAUUUUUUUUAUUGUACUUAAAAAAAAAGAAAAAUAGCUUGAUUGUUUUGGCAGACUGAUUGCACUUCCUUGUAGUUAAAAAUAUUUUAAUCUUUAUUAUUUUUUGUCUUCUAGACAAA